CGUCAGUGGCGUUCAAACAUGGCGUCCACUUUUCUGAAGGUUGCGGUUUCCUGUCUUUCAAGAUAUUCUCAUCCCAUGCUCCUGAGAGCACAUUCGACCACAGCAUCCCUUUAUCAGGGUAUCCCUGGAUCACUGUGGAAUCUUGGCAAGCUGAACCAUAUUGCCAUUGCUGUCCCAGACAUGGACAAGGCCACGGCCCUAUAUCGAGACGUCCUUGGUGCCAGAGUGAGUGAAAAAGUGCCUUUACCGGAGCAUGGCGUCUACGCAGUGUUUGUAGAGCUGGGGAACACAAAGCUUGAGCUUCUGCAUCCUCUUGGGGAGAAGAGCCCAAUUUCUGGAUUCUUGCAGAAGAAUAAGGCCGGCGGAAUGCACCACAUUUGUAUUGAGGUGGACGACAUCAAUGCUGCAAUCAAAGACCUGAAAGUGAAGAACAUCAGAACUCUUUCAGCAGAGCCGCGAAUAGGAGCUCAUGGGAAACCAGUGAUGUUUCUUCACCCAAAAGACUGUGAUGGUGUACUCGUUGAGCUGGAGGAAGCAUGACACGGAUCAAACAUUUUGUAUUUUGCUCCUUUAUUUCCCGAGCAGUGCCUCUACAUUGGCCAUGAAAUUUUUGGGCGGUUAUGUCGAGCACUAAGUAUUGUUAUUUGAUGAAUUAACUUCUAGUUGUGCAUACAUGUUGACAACCUCAUAGAAGUACUUUGAUAAUCAGGAUUGUGUGUGUGCUGGCUGUCAUAAAAUUAUGCAUCGCUAUUAGUUUACAUAAUUAUCUUGUCCAAGUUUAUAGCUAUUGCAGCAUUAUCAUGGAAUUAUCAAAGUGUGUCUGGCAUUUAUUUUCUUCACAUGUAAAUAUUGAGCUUUACUAAGGGAUGAAUCAGAGAAUAAGCACAACUGCAUAAAAUUAUGAUUAGGGGAGAUGUCAACUCUCCAAACCUUAAAGGUUCUUGUAAUAUUUAGACUUGAGGCUAAAUGAUGUAAACAAAACAUCAGGGAAGAUGCAGCUCUGCUACAACACAAUUGUAAACAUUUAUACUAACGGUUUCCAUUUAUGCUGAGCAUUGUUAUUUUACAUUCUAUUUUUGAACCACAUCAAAUAAUUAAAUAAUUUGCCACUUUGGCUGUUAUGUGACUAAGAUACCCACCAGCACCAUUGAUGACAAAAGUAAAUCAAUAAACAGUGCACAAAAAACCUACCAUAAUGCCUUGUGCGGUAUUACAGCAAGAAGACAGGUGAAUGUAAACUAUACAUUUUCCAUAUAUAGGUUUGGGAGAUGUAGUUUGUGGUCUCACUGAAAACCAGUUUUUGGGCUUUAGUUCCAAAGGCAUAUUUGCUUCGAACACACCUUAUCACUUAAAGAACAGUGAAGCAAGGUGUUGGCAACAUUGUGCUAUAGAGCUAUUAUAUGGAAUUUAAUCCAGGUGAGGAAAAUGAAUAAAAUACCUAUGUGAUAACAUGUAACCUUCAGGCUUCAUAUUACAAAAACCUGAACAAAAUUCAUUUCAGGUUGAUCAGAUGCAGAUAUAUGCUCGCCCUCACGUGAUGUCUUUUAUCCAUUCUAUUCAAACAUCCCCAUAGUAAAUGUAAGGGUGUGCAAACUUGUGCAGCCACAUUUUUACAUACUCUAUAUAUUUUAAAUUUCGAGGCCUUCACAGGCUACUUAUAGCCAUUCGUUAUUGUCAGGCCACUUACUGAUGCAAUGGGCAAACACUUGGUUCUGUGAGAUGCAUUGUCAUGCUUUGUCAUCUGGUUGAAAUUUUUCAAAAGUUCCAGCAUAAUGCAAGACUGUUGGUUUCCAGGAACUUUUUCAGAAGUUCCAGCAUGCUGCAAGAGUAUUGGUUUCCAGGAAAAGGUACACAGAAGCUGAACUGAUCCUACAAGUAAUUUUGAAUUUCCGAAGUUUGAUCACUGAUCUAUUACAAAUUUGAGUUGUACUCAGAAUCACUGUGGGUUAAUGAUUAAAGUUUCCACGUCUAUCAUUUUGUCAACACAUUAAAUAUUUCAUGAAAAUACAUAAGUAUUCAUGAUUUAUUAACAUCUGUUGGGAGUUCCAGGGUUAUUUCAAAUAUCUCAACAAAAAAAAAAAAAAAGUGAUGGCUUCUGAAAAGUUAUGCCAAUACGUAUAAAAGCCAUUUUUAGUUAAAAUGGAUCAGAAACUCACCGUUUUACAAAGAAUUGCAUAUGUAAAUCAGCCACGAGUUAAAGAUUUCAGUAAAAGGAAG